CCAAGGGUCUGUGAGGAUGUUGAAUUUCUGUUUCUGCUGGAAGUGUUCAUACUUACCUGUUUGCUCUCUACUCUGCAGCUGUGGCUGACGUUUGCUCCUGUGGCUGAUAAGACAGCUUCCUACUUCCAUAUGUCCCUGAAGAUGGUCAACUGGCUCUCAAUAGUGUACCUCGUCAUCUCAAUCCCAUUUGGUCUGGUGGCAACAUGGGUUCUUGACAGCGUGGGGCUCAGAUGUGCUGUGAUCCUGAGUGCGUGGCUGAACAUGAUGGGUAGCAUCAUCCGGAUGUUUAGUGUCCUGAAGUUCCUGAGCUUGGGUUCCCAGAGCUUCUGGUACCUGUUUAUUGGGCAAUGCCUCUGUGCACUGGCACAGCCCCUUAUCAUCUUUUCACCGACAAAACUGGCAGCACUGUGGUUCCCAGACCACCAAAGAGCGACAGCAAAUAUGAUUGCAUCAAUGUCAAAUCCCUUGGGUAUUCUUAUAGCAAACGUGUUGUCACCUGCACUAGUUCCUGAAGAAAAGCACAUACCAUUGAUGCUGGGUGUUUAUGCCAUCCCAGCAGUAACAGCGUGUGCUCUAGCAACUGUGGGGAUUCAGGAGAAGGUUCCUCCAACACCUCCUUCAGCCAGUGCCACUAAGUCCACCUCCCAGCCAUUCCUUACGGGUCUCAAAAUGCUCCUGAGAAACAAGCCGUACAUCAUCCUGGCAGUGUGCUUUGGAGGAGGAAUUGGGAUGUUCACCUGCUUUUCAGCUCUGCUACAACAGAUCCUUUGUGAAAAGGGGUAUUCAAAUGAAUUUGCUGGCAUGAAUGGUGCACUGUUCAUAGUAUGUGGUAUGUUGGGUGCUUUACUGCUGGGCCUGUAUGUCGACCGGACCCGGAAGUUCAUAGAGUCCACCAAGAUUUGUUUCUGCCUGAGUGCACUUGCCAGCAUCAUAUUCGCAGUGACUUCUCGGUUCAGACAUCAGGCUGUCACACUGGCCAUCAGCAGCUCACUCUUUGGUUUCUUUGGUUUUGCCAUCUACCCCGUCGCCAUGGAGCUGGCUGUGGAGUGCUCCUACCCUGUGGGAGAGGGCACAUCUACAGGCCUGAUUUUUGUUGCGAGCCAGAUUGAAGGUGUCAUUUUAAUGAUUCUGCUACAAGCCCUCACCGUGCAUGUCUCUGAGAAUCCAUCCUCCACUUGCACCCUUGACCAGGAUGGAGUCCUGGACUGGACAACUCCGGUACUGGUGCUGGCUGGUCUCUGCAGUGCUAUGGCUUGUUUCUACGUCAUCUUCUUCCACACCAACUACAAGCGACUCCAUGCUGAGACAAACACUGAAGAUUUGGCCAAGGCAGAAGAUACAGCAACAGCAGAUGUUCCUGAAUCAUAA